CAUGCUGCAUGGCACCCACGGCCCCGGGCACCCACGGCGGCGGGGUCACCCCCUGGUGCCAGGGCACAGUCAUGAUGCCUAAGGGAAGCAAAAACUGCAUCGCAGGCACAAUCUUGGUGAAGAAGCCGACCCAGAAUAACAACUCCCGGGAGUAGGCAGGCUUUAGGACCCUGAGGGGAGCUGACACGUAAGAGAUCUUCAGGCGCAGCCGCCACAGGAAGAGGAUCUCCUCGGUCCCGUGGCUGUCGGGGGAGGGUUUGCUGCCGAUCCUGGAUUCGUCUCUCUCCUUGCACGCUGCACGCGCGUUUUCUGCCUGCAUUUGCAGAAUCCGCGAGACUUCCAGGAAGCGGGGGACCCCAGUAGAUCCCAGUGUCCUCUGCUGCUUACAAGGCGGAGGAAUCGUGCGGGGCGGAUUUUAGAAACCCAACUUUGCCCGGAGAGCCGAUCCGAUCCUGGGGGGGAAUGUGAGAUCUUUUCAUCUCCCAGAUGGAGCGACCAAGCAAGAUGAUUAUUCUGGUCCGCAGCCUGCGAUAAAGGAACCUGGCGCCUCUCUGAAUGCAAACGGGAGGAUGGUGUAAGGAAGACGCCGACAAGGCUGGAUCAAGUGGGAAUCCGGUAGGCGGAAGUUGGCUCGAGAUCUGCUGAGAUCUGGAUGGUUUGCAGUAGAUCGGCAAGGGCUUCCAGCGCUCAGUCGUCCCAUCAGCAGUGAAGAAAUGAUGUUCUCCACCUAAACAUAAAUUCCUGAAAUGGGGGGAAAAAUCCCUAAUCAGGAAUAGACUUCCGCGUGAAAUUCAGCUACGGCUCAAUUCAUUUCUGGCCCUGGAAAUAAAUUAUUGCUGCUCAAAAACACGAGGUUUUCCUUUCUUAAAGCCUAAGGUGAGGUUGAGGAUGGAGAGAGAAGAAGAAGCAUGGAACCUGGACCCCCAGGACCCUAAGAAAGAGGAGGUACCAAGGAAUACCAGCUCAGAAGGCGAUCAGACGGCGUCAGCUGCUCUCGCCGCCGCAACAGCUGCUGUGGCUGCCAUCACGACCGUCGCGGGGAUCCAGUCACGCAUUUUUGCACGGCUGGCGACACGCCGGAAGCUUCUGCCGCGAGGGCGCGACGACCUGGCCGAGCUGGAGGAGAUGGUGGAGACGGCCGCGUCGGUGCGCCUCCGGGCGGUGGUGGAAUCGAGCAUCGACUCUCUGAAGGCCAUGAUGUGCUCGUGCCUCUUCCAGUCGCCGGCCGUCCUAGCCGGCCUGAUCGACGAGCUCUACAUCAUGGAGAGGGCCUUCUGGGUGCAACCGGGCCGCUCCGAAUGGUGGGAGAAGGUGGUUCUGCCCCACUGGGACGACCAUCUCUGGCAAGAGAACUUCCGCAUGAGCAGGAGGACUUUCACGGAGCUGUGCGACCGGCUGAGGCCCGUCCUCGAGCGGCAGACCACCAACAUGCGCGCUCCGAUCACCGUCGAGAAGCAGCUGGCCAUCGCCGUCUGGAAGCUGGCCACCCCGGAUAGCUAUCGCUCGGUGGCCGAGUGCUUUGGGGUGGGCCGCUCCACAGUCUCCAGGAUCGUCAUGGAAGUCUGCCAAGCGCUCUACGACGUCUACCACCAUGUGGUCCACCUGGCCGGUGCCCAGGAGGUGAUGGAAGGCUUUGCUGCCAAGGGCUUCCCGCACUGCAUCGGGGUCCUCGACGCCACCCACAUCCCCAUCAUCGCCCCGGCGCACAAAGCCACCGAGUACAUCAACAGCAAAGGCUACUACUCCAUGGUCCUACAGGUACUGGUGGACCACAGAGGCAGGUUCACGGAUGUCUACGCGGGGCGCUCCGGGAAGCUUCCCGGAGCCCGGAUUUUCCGUGGCUCGCCCAUCUUCCGCGCCAUGAACCAAGGCACCUUUGGUCCCGCCGUGACCGUGGACGUGGGGGGCGAGCAGCUGAAGCCGGUGAUCCUCGGAGACCCCGCUUACCCGCUGCUGGCCUGGCUGAUGACUCCGUACGGCGGGCACUUGGAUGCCCGCCAGCAGCGGUUCAACGACGCCCUCGGCCGCUGCCACGCCGUAGCAGAGUCCGCCUUCGAGCGCCUCCGGGGCCGCUGGCGGUGCCUACUCUCCCGCCUGGAUGUGAGGGAGCGCUACGCCCCCCGGGUGAUCGUGGCCUGCUGCAUCCUGCACAACAUUUGCGAGACCAGAGGCGAGCCUCUCCAGGAAGGCUGGCAGGAAGUGGUGAGGUCCGUCUCGCGGUCUUACCAGCAGCCGGAGAGGCAGCCGGUGUACGCGACCAACCCCCGAGCGCGGGAGAUCAGGGAUCUUUUGAGCACGUACAUGGAAAGGAGAGAGUGGGGGAAGUCAGACUGAAUCUGUUGCUUUCCCCUAAAGGAACCUUUAUGGCAGGUCUUGGAAAGAACGGGGCCUUCUCUGCAGUGACUCCUCGUCUGUGGAAUGCUCUCCCCAGGGAAGUUCGCCUGGCGCCUUCAUUAUGCACUUUUAGGCGCCAGCCAAAAUUGUUCCUUUUGUUGAACUGAUCAACACCCUAUACCCUUUUUAAAUGCGGCUCUUUUUUGGGCAGGUGUUAUUGGGUCAUUGUUUUUAUUUUGAUUUUAUACAUUGUGAUCUUUGCUGUGAGACCUCCGGGUGUAGGACGGUAUAUAAAUUCAAUAAAUAAAUAAUAAAUAAAUAAAU